CUUUGUGCGGCCGGACCUUAUGACAGAGGAACGGCAGGCGGAGUACAUCGGAGGGAAGUACGGGCCGUGGGGACUGGCCAGGGUGUGGCACGACACGGCCAUCCCGUUCGCUCAAGUGCUAGUGGAGUUUGAGCAGUGGCUAGACCAGCACAACCUGCUGGAGCACAGCACCACCGCCACCGCCACCAGGCGUAGUGAGCAUGGUGUUGUGGAAGAGGUAAAAACGGAUGAGGAGGGAGAAGGGGAGGAGGAGGAUUGGGAAGAGGGGAGGGAUGAGCGGGAGGACGGUACAGAGGAGAGAAAUUCUAAAGGCGAUGAUGUGGGCGUGUCAGCAUCACUGCCUGCAGCAGCAGCCGCUCAAGCGCUGGGUCACGGGCCGGGGUUGCGGUCGGCGAUAGUGGUGACGUGUGGCAACUGGGAUGUGAAGAGCAAGAUAGUGGAGCAGUGCCGUGACAGCCAGGUGCCCGUGCCCACCUACUUCCUGCACUGGACCAACCUCAAGGACAUUUACCUCAACUUCUACAAGCGCAAGGCGUCGGGCAUGAUGCCGAUGAUGAAGGGGCUGCAGAUGGCGCCAGUGGGCACGCACCACGUGGGGCUGGACGACGCGCUCAACAUCACACGUGUGCUGCAGCGCAUGCUCUCCCACGGCGCCCUCAUCCGCACCUCCGCUCGCCGUGUUGGCCCGGGGCCCUCCGACGUGGAGGUGAUGGGUCGGGUGGAAGGAGUGGAGUGGCGGCGGGGUGAUGAUGUGCAAGCAAGUGAAGAGUUGCCUUCAUUUUUGUCCCAAUCCUAUCAGGGGAAGAUGGUCAUGUAA